AUGUCGGCACUUGAUUCGCUCACAAUUAAGUCCGGUGAGUGGCACGAUGGGAAGCACCGAAACGCUAUUCCCCUGGUGGUGGUAAGCAGAGCGACCCUGCAUUGUUACCACACUCACCCCCCAACCACGGACCAACGCUUGGGUACAGCCUAUUGCUUAGGAUCUAAUCGUCGUAAGGCCGCCCAAUGUGAUCAUGCUGACGGUCCCGGACCGAAGAUGAGGUCAUGGCGAUCGACGGGAGUCAAGAGGAAACAAGCCUGGGCAAACUGUGCACUAGUUUCCCAUGAGGUCAUGUUAUCGAAAAAGCCGAGCGUUGUCGAUCUUAUUCUGUUGUGGACAGCACAUCGUGGCUCAGUCUCCCUGGGUCUUGUUGCGGAGGUCCUCCGUACUCCACGUUUGGUAAGAAAUAGGGCUUCGGGACGACUGCCAGAACUGAUUGACUCCCGAAGACACUGUCAAUUGUGUCAUUCCGAAUUCCGAGUCAUGGAUGUUGGGCUUUGCGCCGGUUGCUCAACUACGGGUGCUCUCUAA